AUGACUACGGAAUACCCUCGAUACCUCGCCGCGGUGGCCCUACCUGUGCUCUCCUUCAUCGGCAUCGGCUUGAACAUCACGCCGCUGAUCCUCCAUGCAAAGAACCGCAACAUUCCAGCAGUCAGCCUAAUUAGCUGGUAUCUCCUGCUGAACCUGUUCAACAUCAUCAAUGCCCUGACCUGGCCGACGGAUGACCUGGAGUCGCGGUGGGAUGGCACCGGGCUGUGCGAUAUACAAGUCAAGAUGCAGGUUGGCGCUUUAUUUGCAGUACCCGGCGCCCUGGUAGGCAUAUUUCGGGGCCUGGCCUUUGUACUUGAUACAAGCUGCGCUACUCUCAUCCCCGGCAAGACCCAGCGCUGGCGUUCCCACAUCAUGGACCUGAUUUUCUGCAUCGCCUUGCCCAUUGUUGCCAUGGUUCUGCAUGUUGUGUGGCAGAAGGAUCGAUAUCUGCUCUAUUCCAUCUCGGGGUGCGUGAUUAACCUGGACGAGAGCUGGGUAAGCUUUGCGCUGUGCUUCAUCUGGCCGCCGAUUAUCUGCUUUGUCGCGGCCUAUUACUGCUGUCUCAUUCUCAUCCGACUCCGCAAGUACCGAAGCGAAUUCGGCAUGAUUCUACACUCUUCCCAGAGUAAUCUGAACAAGUCCCGCUUUUUCCGACUCUUGUUACUGGGACUGGGGUUGCUGGUCUGUAUCCUUCCCGUGGAAAUCUUCACCUUCUACCUAGACCUGAAGGGCUCGCUGCCCUGGCAUCCCUACUCCUGGGCUCAGCUCCACGGUCCAGGAUGGCCAACCAUCACCAAGGUCCCGACGCACGGCGAGGUCUUCUUCGACAGAUGGUCACCCCCAGGCGCCGCCUUCGUGAUCUUCGGCUUUUUCGGAUUCAGUCACGAUGCCACCAAGAUCUAUCGCACGAUGCUCUGGGCCCUUGGUUUCGGAUGCUUCUUGCCUCCUACCGACUCAUCGAACUCGACUACCCUCAUCGGCACAACACCCAGUCGCGCCAAGCUGAUGUUCUGGAAGGGCAAGUCCUCUGCACGCACUGAAACUAAGUCCAGUGAUGGCAGUGAUUCCCAGCCAUCCCAGUCGGGCAUUGUCGAUAGUUCCGAUCGCGCCUCUUCGCAGUCCAGUCCCACCACUACACCUGUGAAGUCAUGGUUCCCCCGCUGGCUUCUAUUCAAUUGUCGCGCGAACUGUCACAACGAAAAUACACUCCUGGAAGAUCUGCCUGCUGCCGGUAACACGGUCUAUACCAAUGCCUGGGCCGGUACCAGUGUGAGCCGUGCUGGUGAGGAGUUUGAGUCUGGUUCUACGCCGUCUCCGCCUGUGAAUAAGAACUUUAUUCAUGUUAAGCAAGUUAUUUGCCAGCAGAGCGAGUUUCAGAUUUGA